ACUUCCUGAAACUGGAUCGGGACAUUACGAUAUUUUGACUUAAUGGUAACCUGUGUUCAAUAAUGUCGCUUAAUGUCGCUGUUAUUUAGUGCUUAACCUUUUCUAUCGCAGACAUUACAGGCUUGUAUAACUUGACAUUGAUGCUACACGUGCCUGACUGUUAUCUCCGUUAAACCUCAUCUAUUUGUGUUUUAGCAGCACAGGUAGAGCCAAGACAUGAGUGCAGAAGACCCAAAUCCAGCCGCCACACCCACUCCCUGUAUAGACACCCAGGGAGAUGGACGAUGGAUGUCUCUGCACAACCGCUUUGUGUCUGACAGCAAAGACAAAGAACCCGAUGUCCUGUUUGUUGGAGACUCUCUUGUUCAGCUCAUGCACCAGUUUGCGAUAUGGCGCCAGCUGUUCUCUCCUCUACAUGCCCUCAACUUUGGGGUGGGUGGUGAUGCAACACAACAUGUGCUGUGGAGACUGAGCAAUGGCGAACUGGAUAACAUCAGCCCAAAGGUUGUCGUGCUAUGGGUUGGCACUAAUAAUCAUGGUCACACUCCUGAACAGAUCUGUGGAGGCAUCAUGGCCAUUGUCCAAGUCAUCAAGAACAAGCUCCCCCAUUCCCGCACGCUUGUACUUGGUAUACUGCCCAGAGGUAAAUCACCAAACCCUCUACGGGAGCGAAAUGCCAAGGUGAACAUGCUAGUCCAGGAGGCCUUAUCAUCUCUUCCGCAUGCCUCCUUCCUGAAUGUGGACCCUGGCUUUGUCCACUCCAAUGGUAGCAUCUCCCAUCAAGACAUGUAUGACUACCUUCACCUGACCCCUCAGGGCUUCCAGGCUGUGUGUGAACCCCUCCAUGCUCAUCUCAAAUCUAUGCUAGAUAAACCUGCUGAGAACUGAGCAACCAGGUUACAAACGUACACUACCGCAGUGGUCCUCGUCCCUGUUUCCACCGAGCAUCAUACUUUGCUCAUUAAGACCUCGAAUGGUGGAUAGAAUCAGUUAUUAAGGGCUAAGAGCUGCACAAAGUCCUCUCCACAGUCAGGGUUGGUGACCACUGUUACAGAUAAUGGGACCAUACAUUUUUUUUUUGUGUUAAUGAUGCAGUCAAAAAUUACAUGUGCUGUGUUGUAGAGAGACAACGUCCUGCCUGAAUUCCCAGUUAGCAUCUGUUCUAUUAGCGUUUACUCCCCAAAAUGUUUUUUUUUUUUCACAGAAGGAUUAUUUCUUUUCUCUGCUGCAUGAUGCAAGAUAUAAAUAUGAUAAGGGCGAGUCCAUGGUGCCAUUGCCAGUGACUCAGCUGUCAAGACAAUAAAGUAACAUCUGAAGAGACGUCCUAUAUAACACACAUAUGGACAUAAAUUAAUUAAAAUGUUCAGUGGUUAAUAAUAAAGCUUUUAAAAAUAUGCACAUUCUUUUCAAAAUGAAAACAUUCUGUACGUCCGAAUGUUAUGUGUUGCCUCUUGUUAAAAGCUGAAUUUAUAACCAUUAGCUGUAGAUCGCAUCCCCUCAAAGCUGAAUUUACUUGAGAAUACAAGAUUUUCACAAGGUCUGAUGUAGAAACCAACUAUCGCAAAAUACGUGGUCUGACUGAGGCUACAGGAAUAGGAGCUGGUUGAAGUUUGGAGUUUACUUGGCAGUACCAUUAAUGUGAUACCUAAUGUUUUUUGUACGUGUUAAUUUCAAUGACCUAAAGUUUCCAUUUUGUUUGUCUACACAUGCAAACGAUCGACCUUUGCUGUGUGCUUGUUUUUCAUCAUUUUUUUGUUGUCUCAUUAAUGUCCUUUUCCCUUCUCCUGUUGUAACAGCGACCGUGUUUCAUUGCAAAACAUAGAUGUGUUUGAGUAGGCUGUGAAGUUGUAUUGACGCAUCGAGUUACUUUUGCUUCAAGUUCAAUCUUCUCUGCAACAUAUUUGCUCAUUGGACCACUGAAAAGGCUUCACUUCAAAUGCUUCAAAGAAACUUAGAUAAGGAUUGUGCUGCAGAACGUGAAUUGUGGUCCACAAUGGAUGAUUGUGUAAAGUGAGGAAAGAAAUGCAUUAAAUAUAAAAGAAAGAAA